AUGAUGCUGAAGGGACAUCAAUCCUCCGCCCACCCCAGACGGCGGCGGAAGGAGGCGGAGACGGCCAGGGGGCGGGGGCCGCGAGCGGGGGCGCUGGGGGACUCGCGGCUUGCCGGGCGGCCGAGGAGGAGCGGCCGCGUCGUCCGCGCUCGCCGCCUGCCGCGGCCCGGCUGCAGCUGGCUGACGCGGCGGCCCCCCACCCACUCGGGCAGCCCGGCCCUCGCGGUGCCCAACGCCCCCGCCCGGCCCGGGAAGGAGGAAGGCGGCGCCGCGCUCCCCGCUAGAGCUCCGCCAACCACUCAGGCCGCGGGAAUUUCCGGCCCCGGCGCGCGCUACAGCGCCCCGCUCCGGCGGCAGAAGGACGCGCUUUCUGGCCACCGCCUGCUUCGGGAGUGGAGGCGGGGUAGCCAGGCCGCGCUACGGGGCUCCGGAUCUCGAUGUGAGAAAGGGGGAAAACGCAAUGGAUCGUUCGGCCGAGGGGACGCGUGGGGACGGGAACGGAACUCUAGAAAUACCCCAGGCCUCUCAGACGAUGGAACGCUCCAGACGCUUCCCGUCCUCCCUCUCUCAUCCCUCCCCAACCCGGAGAAGGCAGCUGGGGGCUUCCCGCGCGCCUUCCCGCCAGCCCGCUGGGGCGCGCGACUCCUCCGGGAGCGCGCGCGCGGGAGGGAGCGAGAGAGGGCUCUGCUCCGACGCACGCGCACAGGACGCCCCCGCCUCCCGCCUGCCUCUGCGGCUGCACAGUUUGUGUGGGAAUUUGGCACGAGGAGAGGGGAGCAAGGCUCACAGUGGGACUGUUUGCAGUAAGGAAGGAGCUGAUGUUUACAAUAACCCUAUGAC